AUGGAUGUCAAAGAUUUAGUUGAAAAGCUCCAGAACUGUCUCACUUGCUCCAUCUGCCUGGGCUACUUCACAGACCCAGUGACUGUCAAGUGUGGCCAUACCUUUUGCACAAGGUGUCUUAUCCAGUGCAGUGAGGAAGCCCAGGAGACAUUUACCUGCCCAGAGUGCAGAGGAGUCAUCAAAUACAGCCGUGAUAUGGUGACCAACAAGAGCCUGCAGACUCUGUCCAUCACUGCCAAAAUGAUCAGACAUCAUCUACUACAGACCAUCAUGGGCCUGACCACCUGUGAUCAACAUGGAGAGAAAGAGAAGUUCUUCUGUGAGGAAGACCACAGAACCCUCUGUGAUUCCUGCUCAUUGGCCCCAGAGCACCAGGAUCACCAAGUCCUUCCCUUGGAAGAGGCUAUUGCUGAGUGCAAGGAGAAGCUCUGGGAGACUCGAGAUAUCUUACAGGGAAAAGAGGAGAGUUUUAAAUUGGCAUUGGACAGUGUGAUAGUGAGAGAGGCAAGAUGUAAGGAGGACGCACUCACUUUUCGACGGUUAAUUGAGUCUGAAUAUAAGAAAAUGCACCAAUUCUUAUGGGAUGAAGAAAUUCUACAAAUGCAAAAACUGUACCAUCAAUGUAGAGACAACCUGGUGAAAUUUGAGGAGAACAAGGCCAAUCUGUCGCGACAAAUCCAAAAUCUGCGACAAACGAUAAUAGAAGUAGAGGAGAAUUUGAACAAGGCACCCUCAGAAAUGAUCCAGGAUACAAAAGGCACCUUGGAAAGAAAUGAGAACCUGCUUCUUCAAGAACCAGAGGUUGCUUCCUUUGACUGGACCACCUUUCCCAUCACUGGCUUGAGAGAAGUUCUCAUGUGCUUCCACAAGGAUAUAACUCUGGAUCCUGAAACAGCCAAUCCUCAUCUCAUCCUGUCUGAAGAUUUGAAGAGUGUCAAGUAUGGAAGUGUCCCUCAGGACCUGCCUGACAACAAAGAAAGAUUUGUCUAUUCUCCUACUGUAUUGGGGGCCCAGACCUUCACCUCAGGCAAACACUACUGGGAAGUGGAGAUGAGAGAUAAGACAGAGUGGGAAAUAGGAGUCUGA